GAACAUUUCCCUCGUCUCCCUCGCAGAUACGAUGCCCCGUAACCUGUUGUAGCAUUAACGCGCACGCAGCAAAUCUAACACGACGGUUGUUCAGUUCUCUCUCCUCUUUCUCUCGCUCUCGCUCUCCCUCCCUGCUCUCUCCGGUUUCUCUCUCUAUCUCUGUGACGGCGGCGGUGGCGACAAUGAGGAGCAUGCUUUCGCUGCCGUUAAUCGUCGUCUAUUUCGCCGCAUCUGUUGCUCUCUCACUCGCUGCCGCGGCGGAGACGGACCAGUUGCCGGACGGCAAUGCUGCCGAGGCCAAUGCCACGCGGUCGAGAUCCAGAGAGGACAGUUUCGCUGACAUGAUCGAUCGUGCCCUGGAGAAGGAGUUCCCCGAGAAUGAGCAGAAUGGAGUUGAAGAUCCUGGUAGCUUCAACAACAGCGUUGCUGAACAGCAGGCAGUUUUGGAAACUGUUGCCAGAGUUAAGUCCAAGAAAAAUGAAACCAAGGAGGAUAAGUCAUUCCAGCUUCAUGAUGUUUUCAACUUGGAUAAUGAGAAUCGCCCAGAAGAUAUGCCAACAUUGAUAGAUCGGAAGGACAAUGUCUUUAUUAUAUCCAAUCUUAAGUCAAAGUACCCUGUGCUACAGUUAGAUUUAAGGUUGAUAUCUGACCUAGUAGUUGUCAUUGUAUCUGCAACAUGUGGUGGCAUAGCCUUUGCUUGUGCUGGGCAACCGGUUAUCACUGGAUAUUUGCUGGCAGGAUCGGUCAUUGGACCCGGGGGCUUAAGUUUUGUUAGUGAAAUGGUUCAAGUUGAAACUGUAGCUCAGUUUGGUGUGAUCUUUCUUCUUUUUGCACUGGGCCUUGAGUUCUCCAUAACAAAGCUUCGUGUUGUUAGAGCAGUUGCUGUUUUAGGGGGCCUGCUCCAGAUCUUCUUGUUUAUGUGCUUGUGUGGAAUUACAGCCUCGUUAUGCGGUGGUAAACCUUCUGAGGGUAUAUUUGUUGGUGCAUUCUUGUCUAUGUCUUCAACGGCAGUGGUUUUGAAAUUUUUGAUGGAAAGAAAUAGUAUCAGUGCUCUUCAUGGUCAGGUCACAAUCGGUACCCUUAUUUUGCAAGAUUGUGCUGUGGGCUUGCUUUUUGCUCUGCUUCCGAUUCUGGGUGGUACCUCUGGUGUACUCCAAGGAGUUAUGUCCAUGACUAAAUUGUUGGUGGUUUUAAUUACAUUCUUGGCCAUUUUGUCAAUAUUAUCUCGUACUUGUGUACCUUGGUGCCUUAAGCUGAUGAUAAGCCUAUCAUCACAGACUAAUGAACUCUAUCAGUUGGCUUCAGUGGCGUUCUGCUUGCUUGUUGCUUGGUGUAGUGACAAGCUGGGUCUUAGUCUUGAACUGGGUUCCUUUGCUGCUGGGGUGAUGAUAUCAACAACUGAUCUUGCUCAACAUACACUCGAACAAGUUGAGCCUAUUCGCAACUUCUUUGCUGCUCUUUUUCUUGCAAGCAUUGGGAUGUUAAUACAUGUUCAUUUCCUUUGGAAUCAUGUUGAUAUUUUACUAGCAGCUGUUAUAUUGGUGAUCAUUAUAAAGACUAUUGUGGUUGCUGCAGUUGUUAAGGGAUUUAGAUACAACAACAAAACUUCGCUCCUUGUUGGAAUGUCUUUGGCACAAAUUGGGGAGUUUGCUUUUGUUCUACUAAGUCGGGCUUCUAAUCUUCAUCUAGUUGAGGGUAAACUCUAUCUACUGCUUCUAGGCACAACAGCACUUAGUCUGGUGACUACUCCAUUACUUUUUAAGUUGAUUCCUGCUGUGGUGCACCUUGGCGUGCUGUUGCGGUGGUUUUCCCCAGAUAGCCCGAGUGAGAUUGGAUUUAAAGGAGAUGGCCUUCGCGCAGACAGUGUCAAGCGUAUUACUUUGAUGGUCCAAGGCCCUCAUGAUUCAUGAUAUUAAAUAAAAACAUGAAGCAGAAAUAUGCAAAUAUGGGGCUUUACCUGAUGGCCUUCUUAUACUCUGGAGGACAGGUGCUCAAGAGUUCAAAGGAAGUCUGACUGAAUGAAAAAUUGUUUCCCUAUUAAUCGAAGCCCAUCACAGAUGAUCUACUUUCACAUACAUAAUCCUGACCAAGACGAGCAAACAAAAAUGCCAACUGAGCCUACGAAAUGGAGAGAGCACCGUAGAUAUGAUCUGUUUGCUGCCGAUAUAACCAUUAACACCUGAUUCAGGUCAUCCUCGUCAUCCUCAAUGAUGGCUGGCCUAUUUUGUGUAAAAUAGUGUUCAUUUUGUAAUGUAAUUCAUUUUUCCCCGCAUUUUUUUUUUUUCCUAAAAAUGUUGGUGGAUUUCUUUUCUUUUCACCCUUUUUUGUUUUUUUGUUUUUACCAUCAAAUGCAGUAAUCAAUUUCUACCAUGAAUUAGUUGAGUUGUC